CUCACUCGUCCGUCCGAGCUAGCUCAAAUGAUCUGUCAUUCUCCAACUUCUUUUCAUUUCCACUCCAAGUCCCAAUCAGUAGUUACAAUACUCCCUCAUCUGAAUGAAGCCACUCAAUUAGGAUCAAUCCAUGGCAUCAGCUGGUGCUGGGAAUUUUCUUCCAAAUUCUCCCUCCUCAGUUCCCAACUUCCGAUCCCCCGACCACAACCGUCGCCGGGGACCUACACUUUCGCCGCCCAACUCCUUCACCGGACGCCGCAAAGCUUCUCCGGAUGGCUAUCCUUCCACCUCUAAGGAACCCUUCACUGGGAAGCCAGAAGCAGAUGUUGUUGUUAUUGGGAGUGGUAUAGGUGGCUUAUGUUGUGCCGGACUUCUUGCUAGAUACCAGCAAGACGUUUUGGUACUUGAAAGCCACAAUCUACCAGGAGGUGCUGCCCAUUCUUUUGAUAUUAAGGGCUAUAAAUUUGACUCAGGCCCUUCUUUAUUCUCCGGCUUUCAAUCAAGGGGAGUACAGGCAAAUCCUUUAGCACAAGUACUUGAUGCUUUGGGUGAAUCCAUUCCCUGUGCAGACUAUGAUUCGUGGAUGGUAUACAUACCCGAAGGUGAAUUUUUGUCUCGCAUUGGCCCAACAGAGUUCUUCAAGGAUCUCGAAAACUAUGCUGGUCCUGAUUCUGUGAGAGAAUGGAAAGAGCUUCUAGAUACAAUUCUUCCAAUGUCAGCUGCGGCAAUGGCUCUUCCUCCUCUGUCGAUUAGAGGUGACCUUGGUGUGCUCUCCACUGCUGCUGCCAGAUAUGCACUCUCUCUCUUGAAAUCAUUUGCUCAAAUGGGACCUCGUGGGGCCCUUGGUGCUACAAAGCUUCUUAGACCCUUUUCUGAAAUUAUUGAUUCAUUGGGGCUUAAAGAUCCUUUUAUACGAAACUGGCUUGAUCUUCUCUCUUUCUUGCUUGCUGGGGUCAAAACUAAUGGCAUACUCUCUGCAGAGAUGGUAACUUUGGGAAUCCUAAGCUCUCUAAUUCUAGAUUAAGAAGCUCUUGAGGAUCUGGCUUAGAGCCCAUCCGGUUAUAAACUUUUUUUUGGCUUAUGAGUCAGAUUUUUCACCAAGCGCUGCCUACUUGUCUACCCAGGUUGUAGCGGCAAAUGACGAAAAAAGUCAUAUCUAGGUUGAAGAUUAUCGGCCUUACCAGCCAACAUUUAUAUCAAACACGUAUGUUUUACUUCGUGCGCUGAAUGAAGUAAUAAUCAAAAUAAAAUGGUAUAAGCCUGGUUGCACAUUGGAGUAUCCUCUCGAUGGAAGUGGAGCUAUAGUUGAUGCCCUAUUGAGAGGAUUACAGAAGUUCGGUGGCCGGAUUUCUCUUAAGAGCCAUGUAGACAAUAUUGUUGUUGAAAAUGGUAGAGCGACAGGAGUGAAACUAAGAAGUGGCCAAGUUGUUCAUGCUAAAAAGGCUGUUGUCAGCAAUGCAUCCAUGUGGGACACUAUGAACUUAUUACCAAAGCAUGUUAUUCCAAAAACGUAUCAGAACCGUAUAAAAAGCACCCCACAAUGUGAAUCAUUUAUGCAUCUACAUCUGGGAUUCGAUGCAAAGGGAAUACGCAAUGACCUGGGAAUCCAUCAUAUAGUUGUAAAUGACUGGGAGAGAGGAGUUGAUGCUGAUCAAAAUGUUGUUCUGAUCUCUAUACCUAAUGUGCUUAGCCCUGAUCUUGCUCCACCAGGGAAACAUGUCUUGCAUGCCUAUACACCCGGAACUGAGCCAUAUGAAAUUUGGGCAGGACUAGAUCACAACAGCAAUGAAUACAAAAAUCUCAAGGCUGAACGGUCCGAGGUAAUGUGGAAAGCAGUGGAAAGAGUGCUCGGUCCAGGUUUCAGUCGUGACAGAUGCGAAGUAAAAUUGGCUGGAACCCCACUAACGCACCAAAGAUUUCUUAGGAGAAACAGAGGGACUUAUGGGCCAGCUAUAAUGGCGGGGGGUGAAGACUCCACAUUCCCUGGCCAUUCAACACCAAUCCCAAAGCUCUUAUGUUGUGGUGACUCCACCUUCCCUGGCAUUGGAGUUCCUGCAGUUGCUGCUAGUGGUGCCAUUGUCGCUAAUUCCCUGGUCUCUGUGUCUCAGCACUCUCAACUCCUUGAUGCCAUAGGAAUAUGACACACAUGCCAUCGUCGAAUUUAUAAGCGAAAGAAAGAAAAAAGAAGAGAGUUGUGACUAUUGCCGUGGGCGCACCAGGAAAUGUACCCUACUCAACAGUAGCGCAGAGAAAAAGGGAAGAAGAAAGGAUGUGAACGAGAAAGAGGGAAGGCCGCUGUCACUUAUCACUCAACACUGACAGUCUGUGUGAAACCAUUGAAAAUCUCCCUCCUCUCCUCACAAUCCUCGCACUGUAUUGUCACAGAGUCAUAACAGCAUUAUUACCCUAGAGAAAAGUGAAAACAGGGUAGAUUCCCCUGUUCCUUAAAUAGCUUUUGCGGCGUUUUGUAGCUUUAUAUUGAAGGUGAUAUUGCUCGAGAUGCUCAAGUGCUGCUUUGAUUCCCCAGCGCUAUCCAACGAGGCAGGCAGAUGUUUUAUUGAUAUGGAAGUUUGUGUCCGCAAGCAUUAUGUGCAAACAACUACAUGUUAGAGUUCGUGAAACUUGUGAGUCUCAACUAUGGCAUCUUCUGGCUUAGGUAAUGGAGGAGCAGGGAGUUCUAGAAUUGCUAAUGGGUUCACAAAUUCAUCUACGUCAGCUGACUGGUUGGGAAGAGAAAUGAUUGAAUUGAGGUUGAGGGACAGAGUGGACAUUGACGAUGAUAAAGACAGCGAACCCGAUAUAAUUGAUGGCAUGGGUGCAGAAACAGGGCACAUUAUUAGAACAACUAUUGGUGGUAGGAAUGGCCAACCCAAGCAGGCGGUAAGCUACAUAGCAGAACAUGUGGUAGGAACUGGAUCUUUUGGUGUUGUUUUCCAAGCAAAAUGCAGAGAGACUGGAGAAAUUGUGGCAAUCAAGAAGGUUCUUCAAGAUAAGCGCUAUAAGAACAGAGAGUUGCAGAUAAUGCAAAUGUUGGACCACCCUAAUAUUGUCGCUCUCAAGCAUUGUUUCUUCUCAACAACAGAUAAGGAAGAGCUAUACCUCAACCUUGUCCUAGAGUAUGUUCCUGAAACUGUUAACCGUAUUGCCAGGCAAUACAACAGAAUGAACCAGAGGGUACCACUAAUAUAUGUCAAGCUCUAUACCUAUCAGAUAUGCAGGGCACUGGCUUAUAUCCAUAACUGUAUUGGCCUAUGUCAUCGGGACAUCAAGCCUCAAAACUUGCUGGUGAACCCACAUACACAUCAGCUGAAACUGUGCGAUUUCGGAAGUGCAAAAGUUUUGGUGAAAGGUGAACCCAAUGUGUCAUACAUCUGUUCAAGAUAUUAUCGUGCCCCUGAGCUUAUAUUCGGCGCCAAUGAAUACACUACAUCUAUUGAUAUUUGGUCCACAGGCUGUGUGAUGGCUGAGCUACUUCUUGGACAGCCUUUGUUUCCUGGAGAGAGUGGGGUUGAUCAGUUAGUGGAGAUUAUAAAGGUCUUAGGAACACCAACCAGGGAGGAGAUCAAAUGCAUGAACCCAAACUAUACUGAAUUUAAGUUUCCACAGAUAAAACCCCAUCCAUGGCACAAGGUUUUUCAAAAACGUUUGCCUCCAGAAGCGGUUGACUUGAUUUCUCGUUUUUUCCAGUACUCCCCACAUUUGAGAUGCACUGCUUUAGAAGCUUGUGUUCAUCCUUUCUUUGAUGAGUUGAGGGAUCUGGAGACUCGCCUGCCUAACGGGCGCCCCCUCCCCCCACUCUUUAAUUUCAAACCUCAAGAGCUCACUAGCAUCCCUCCUGAAACUCUUCGUCGUCUAAUUCCUGAACAUGCUCGGAGGCAGAACUUCUUCAUGGCCUUGCGCUCUUAAGUUCAGUUUGGAAUUUCUUUUCUGCUGUGUGCUUAAGGUAUUUUGGAAUCGAAUUUGCCUGGAAGCUUUGAAUUGGGCAGCUAAUGAGUUGAUCUAUGUCCAAUUCGUAAGCAGAGUUGGUGGUAGUGUGAUCUAUAUGAUGCACUGAUCCUAAGUAGACCUAAGAUAAAAUAAAAUGAUGUAUCCGUGUACCUUUAUUUGUGUAUCCGAGCACCUAUAUCCACGUACCAAUAUCAGUGCAACCUGUGUGAUCAUUUACCUACCUUUGAGAGGCAGAGUAUGGUUCAUUUUGGAGAACAAUGCCGAGAGCCAAGAGAAGCUGAUUUGUUUGUAGUAUGUCUAUAUGACAUCAUUAUAGUUGCAUGUAUUUGCUUUCCCCUCCGAUAUUACCACUUUCCACUUUGCUGGUAUGGAGUUCAGUUAUAUAGUAGUUGGAUAUUUCUUCCAACAUUGUGCACAAGGAGAAUGGCUGUUUACACAGUAAAAGUAAAUAUUGUUAAAAGAAACUAUGCAAG